AUGUCAAGAAAUGAUUCAGACCUACAUAAGAGUUUAAAGAAAGCCUGUUCCAUCGAGGAAACUGCACCAAAAAGAAAACAUGUCAGAGCAGUUAUCGUUUUUACUUGGGAUCACCAGUCUGCAAAGCCUGUCUUCCAGGACAUGAAAACGCAACCGUUUGUUAACGACGAGGUACAAUUAUUUAAGUCAUUGAUCGUCUUGCAUAAGGUCAUUCAAGAAGGUCAUCCGUCGGCAUUAAAAGAAGCGAUCAGAGAAUCUAAUUGGAUCAAAUCGCUUGCCAGGGUUCAGCCUCCUGCAUCUUCGAGGGAAUAUGGCUCGUACUCCAAGUUGAUUAGAGAGUAUGUGAAGUAUUUGGUUCUAAAAUUGAACUUCCAUGCACAUCAUAAGGGUUUCAAUAGUGGUACAUUCGAAUACGAAGAGUAUAUUUCAUUGAUCAAUGUUGCAGACCCAGAUGAAGGGUACGAAACAAUUUUAGAUUUGAUGUAUCUACAGGAUUCCUUAGAUAAAUUAUCCCAGAUUAUAUUUGCUUCAAUCCAGUCUGAAUCAAGAAAUUCGGAAUGUAAGAUUUCUGCUCUAAUCCCACUAGUGGCAGAAUCAUAUGGUAUCUAUAAAUUCAUCACAUCAAUGUUGAGGGCAAUGCACAGGCAAUUGAAUGAUGCGGAAGGUGAUGAAGCCUUACAACCAUUAAAGGACCGUUAUGAAUCACAACAUGCAAGAUUAUUUGAAUUUUACGCAGACUGCUCUUCUAUCAAAUAUCUAACUACGUUGGUAACUAUUCCAAAAUUACCAACAGAAGCACCUGAUGUUUACUUAAUUACGGAUGAGGAUACAAAUAAAAGAGAUAUUACAUUCAAGAAAAGGGAGAAGUCAGCAACACCAAUUGAACCAAACAAGGACGAACGAUCAGAAACUCCGUCUAGGGUUUCUAGCAAUUUCAUGACUCCCAUGACUACAGCUGCUGCUUCUGCUUUGAUACCAACAGCUACGGCAGCAUUGAGUUCGUUAAUGCCAACUACAAUGCCACCUGCACAAAUUCAGCCAGAAUUUUGGAUUAAUCAACAGCAACAAUUAGCCUAUGAACAAGCAAAGCUGGAGCAGCAACGUCAAAUGCAACUACAACAACAACAAGCAGAGCAACAUAUGUUUCAACAACAAUUACAAAAGGCUCAAGAUGAAAUGGUGCAACUACAAUUACAACAGCAGUCACAACAUCAAAAUGACUUGUUAGCUUUGAAUAGUCAAUAUGAAAAAGAUCAAACUCUCUUACAACAAUACGAUCAACGUGUGCAACAAUUAGAAAAUGAAAUUAAUACAAUGAAUGAAAAUGCUAGCCAGCAAUUAAUGAACAAGGAUGACCAAAUCAAGUCUUUGACUGAACAAUUAAAUGUUUGGGAAAAGAAGUACGACUCUUUGGCAAAAUUAUACUCACAGUUACGUCAAGAGCAUUUACAAUUGUUGCCAAAAUUCAAGAAACUGCAGGUUAAGGUAAAUAGUGCUCAGGAGGCUAUCAGAAAAAAAGAACAAGUAGAAUCGAAAUUAAAGCAAAAAGACACCCAACUAAUUGAUUUAAUGAAAGAACGUGAUAAAAUCAGGUUAGAGAAUGAGAGAAUGGUAUCACAGAUCAAUGAUAAUGGGGAAACCGAAAUGUUGAGAGGGGAAUUGAACGCUACAAAAGAAAAAAUGAAUCCAAUAAUCGAUGCUACCCUGGAAGGUGGUAUUAACGCCAUCCAGCAGUCUAUUUACGUCUUAGAAUCUCCAAUGUCAUGGAUGGGACCUUUGACUCCAGCAUCUUUCAUCGUAUCUUUGAUUGAAGGGGCAUCUGAGAAGGCUACUGAAUUUGCAACCAGUUUCAAUGAUUUGAUUGUGGACGGCUUUGUUGAUGGUGAUCAGGCAAACCUGAUCUUCAAUAUUAGCGAUUUCAGUACGGCAGUGGCUACGCUCGUCACGAGCUCGAAGGCAUAUGCCUCCACUAAUCUUUCAGGCGAAGAUGCUACGGCGCAGGAGCUGCUAACUAUAGUUAAAAACUGUGCACGUGAGGCUCAAUACUUCUUUGAAGACUUAAUGUCUGAAAAUUUAUCAGGUAAGGACGACGAAGAAAAGACCGAUAUUGUUAUCAAUUCAAAUGUGUCAAUGCAAGAGAAACUGCACGAACUAACUGAAUUCUUUGAGCCUUAUUUGAAUGAUGUCUCACCUACCGGUGCUCCAACUAAUGCACAUGCGGAGUUGGUUGCAACAGCUGAGAAGAUCGUCAGAUCAUCACAAAAACUGCGUGUUAAUGUCGACGUUAAUGUUCCAAAGCCAUUACUAAAUUUGGCAUUAUCGAUUAUUGACGCUGUCGUUGCUUUGGUGAAGGCUGCAAUUGAAUGCCAAAAUGAGAUUGCCCAAACAGAAAGGACACCUAUUACGGAAUUUUACAAGAAGAACAGUCGUUGGACAGAAGGGCUGGUCUCAGCAGCGAAGGCAGUUGCUACUGCGACAAAUCUGUUGAUCUCAACAGCGGGAAACUUGUUAAAUUCUGAUUCUGCUACAUCCCCUGAGGAAUUCAUUGUUGCAUCUAAAGAAGUGGCAGCUUCCACUGUUCAGUUGGUCGCAGCAUCAAGGGUUAAAUCAGUCGCCCACUCUAAGACUCAAGACCAAUUGGAAGGUUGCUCCAAGGUGGUGGGCGAUGCAUGCAAAAGCUUAGUGAGCCAUGUCAUGGGAAUUAUCGAUAGUGGAAAUGCCAAAGAGGAACAACCAAUUGACUUCAGCACCGAUCAUGCUAUUAAAACGGCAGAAAUGGAACAACAAAUCCAUAUACUGAAAUUAGAACAAUCGUUGAACGUUGCCAGGAAAAGAUUGGGAGAAAUAAGAAAGCACGCUUAUUACUUGAAUGAAGAAGAAGAAGUGAAUAACUAG